AUGUGUUUGAUGGAUGAUGUGAUUGAUCAGGAGCAGAGUCUCUCACAGCCGCUGUUCUGCGAGUUCUUCAACGAGUUUCUGCAGCAGCCGGUGUUUGUGCUGCCGCUCAGGUAUGAUGGGCUGUCCUCUGGGUUCGAGCUGCUCAGUGAUGCUGCGGUGCGUCUGUCGUGUCGGAUCAGAGCCGCGGUGCAGCAGAUGCAGAGUCAGAGCCGUGCGGAGCCCCUGCGGGACAACAGAUACUCCGUCACCCGUCUGGACCGGCAGCAGACCCUCCGCUGGCUACACACACACAGACUGGCCUUCUUUCUGCAAAGCGACUGCUACUUUGAGUUCAGGUUGGCCUCAUGUCUGUCUCAGCUCAGCAGCAGGCUCAGAUCCUCACCGUCCCCUCACAGACAGCAGUGUGACGAGGUCUGCAGCUCUACAGGACGGAGGAACAGCAGCUCUGCAGAGAUGCCGGCGCUCCACACAGCAGACGCAGCUCUGCGGACAGACAGACGCAGCUUUCUGGACUUUAAGAGAUCUCUGCUCGGCGGUCCUGGAGAGAGUCUGCUGGAGCUGUGGAUGAACAUCGAGAGGCUGAAGACCCUCAGCACACACCACAAGAGCAGGUAUGUGCUGUGGAUGAGGGCUCAGUAUGUGUGGAGCAGCAGUGAAGCGGCUCUGGAUGAACAGCUGCUCCUCAGGCUGGGGUUGAAGAGCGCCGCCUGCUGGCAGGAGAACAGACUGUGGGAUGUCCAGCCGCGGCUCACUGAGCUCCUGCUGCUCUACUGUAAAUCUGAGUCCAGAUCCGGUUUCUUCUUUACACGUUUCUGUCAGAACUCAGGACAGCAGUUGUGGGAAAACGCAGUGUAUUUCUGUUCAGAGCUCCUGCAGUAUCGUCAGCUCUUCUACCAGAGCAGAUUUGAUCCGUACAGAGCACAACGCACAGCUCAGCUGCUGUUCGUCUCGUACCUGAGCAGCGGAGCUCAGAUGAGUGUGUGUGUGACCGAGGAGAGCAGGAGGUGUGUUCUGACCCGUCUCAGUCCUGCCUUUGAGGAUCUGUUUGACCCGGUGGAGGAGCACACUCUGAACAUCCUGCUGGAGGCCUGGGCGGAGCUGACACACACACUCACAGACCCCCUGCACACUGUGGCGCUGUGGCAGGAGGUGCGUUAUGCUGAGCCGGAGCUAUUCCAGAUGCUGCAGACUCUAUACACACACACUCAGAGCAGACAGCAGCAGGAGCGCAGGCCUGUACACACUCCAGCAGAGGGCAGCAGAGCGCAGGAUCUGUGGGCAAAGGUUCCUCUGGAGUUCCGCAGGUUCCGUCUGGACUAUCUGCUCCGGAACCACACAGAACUCCAGCACUUCCUGUCCUUCAUGGAGGAGCGCUCAGCCAGUGUGCUUCUGCAGUGCUGGCUGGACGGGGAGCAGCUGAAGACGAGUGACGGAGCUCUGCUGGAGGAGAGAAACAGGAACUUCAGAGACAAAUAUCUCAACAGCAACUUCCUGUUUGGAGCCGACAGUCCAGCCUCUGAGGAGCAGCAGAGGAGGCUGCUACAGGUGUGUGCUGCAGGUGUGGUGUCCCCAUCUGCUCUCUCUGAUCUUCAGGCUCUUCUUCACAGUCGUCUGGAGGCUCAGUGGCUGCCGCUCUUCCUGUCCAGCGCUGAGUUCAGGCAGCGGCAGCAGCGCCAGGUGACAGAAGUGUGUGAGCAGCAGCCGGUCGUCCACCAGCGCAGGAAGAGGCAUGAGUGGCAGGUGUGUGUCGGUGUGAUGAGUGUGUCGCAGCAGCAGCAGCAGCAGGCGGUGUGUGUGCGCAGCGCUCUGCAGGAUCCCGCUACUCGUCUGCAGUUCCAGCAGUUUCUGUCCUCAGUUGAUGCUCUGCUGGAGAAUGACCUGCUCUUCUGGCUGGAGGUGCAGAGGUAUAAGGAGCUGUGUCACUCUCGCUGUGAUGAGCCGGCUCUGCAGAGGAAGGUCUCCAUCAUCAUCAGUCGGUUCUUCCGCUCCUCCAUCCCACCGGCGCUGCAGAUCCACGUUCCCCCAGACGCCGCGCUGCUCGUCACCAGCAUGCAGAAAACACUCGGACCCUACAUCUUCAGGGAGACUCAGAUGUGUGUGUUUGAGGAGCUGCUGAAGCACUGGCCUGAUUUCUGUGCGCUGCGCUCGUCUGUGUGUGCGGACGCUCUGCUGCGAGUGCUGGAUCAGAAGCAGAGCGACAGGCGGAGGAGCAGACAGACAGAUGAGCAGAGCGACAGCCGCACUCAGGAGGAGGAGGAGGAGGAGGCUGACGAUGAAGAGAAGAACUCCGACAAGGAGGAGCACAAGGCUGCGUUUAAGAUCUGCUGGUCCUUCUGGAGGCAGAUGAAGGAGCUGGAGAUGCAGAAGAGCCAGACGUCGUCAUCAUCAUGAACAUCACACACACACACACACACACACACACACACACACACUGUGAUUCCCAAAGUAAAGGUUGAGUGUUACUUAGUGAUCUCCAAAAAUCAAAUGAACUGUGUUAAACUAUUAUAAUGAACAGAUUUCAUCUGUAGCCUGCAGAAGAUUAAUAUAGUAGUGGAGUGAGUGGCGUAGCUGGUAAAGCGCAGGGCAUCAUGUUUUGACGUGAUCGAUCAUCAACCUGGUCUGAAUCCAGCGUCUGAUGAACUGUCUUCUUUUCCCCCUCUACAUAUCAGAUUGGAAAUACAUUUAUUUUUAUUAGAAAGGAAAUAUUUUAGUUUGAAAAUGAAGAUAUGAUAUAGUCACGAGUGGCUCGUGUGUAUUUAAUAAGGUUUAGCCUAUUUCAUAUGUGUAUAAACGGCAUCGAAACAGUGAUUAAAUAUUCUAUAAACGGUUAUUUUCCACCUGGUGUUAAAUAUUAGUGACGUCUUAAUAUAACUUAUUUAUAUUUACAAUGAAACCCCUUUAAAUAUUUAUAUUAGUAGUGCUUCAGUGAACUAAAAGUACACUAAUAACUAUUAAAACACUGUUUGUAGACCAUUAAUAUCUGUACUAUAAAUCAUUUAUUUUAAAAAUGCAGGCAAUACAUUUCAGAUUCAUUUAAUUAAAAAUAUUAUAUUCUCCUUAUUUUUUAAUUCAACUAUUGGGGUGCGGCGGGUAGGGGGUCUUACAAGACAAUGACUUACAAGACUGAAUUCUUAAUCCGGGCCUGCCCAGCCAGGACUCCAACCAGCGACCUGAGUGCUGUGAGGCUAAAGCCACCAUGACACCCAAUGCAAAUAUCUGAUAUAGACCAUUUCAGUGUGGUGAUGUGAUUGGUCCAUGAACAUUUCCUGCUUAUCAAACCAUUUUAAGGCAAUUCAAUCAGAACUCAGUGUUAAAACAGCUCUCAUAACAUUAUUUAUCAAUGUGUGGCUCUUAUUAGAGUCUCAGGAGCUGCAGAAAUUAAUCAUGUACAACAGGAAAGAUGUUGCGAUCAUUGUUUUUCUUUACAUCCCUCAAAAUGGUCUAUAUAGUAAAAGUACUGGUGUUAAAGAGUACUGAAGUAAAAGUACAGAUGACUCUUCAUAAAACUACUCGUAUUACAGAUGACUUUAUUAGCUGGUGGAAUUAUCCAUAAUGCAAAGUCAGAUGAGAUCCAGGCAGUAAAACACAUUUAUCGAUACGGUAAACACUUUUGAAAGCGUGUAAACCGCAUUAACUGAACUGUCAGGUGUGGUUUAUAUAUAAAUCAAAACCAGAGCACCUGUAGAGGAAACCCACGCCAACACGGGGAGAACAUGCAAACUCCACACAGAAAUACCAACUGACCCAGCCGGGGCUUGAACCAAUUAACUUCUUGCUUUGAGGCGACAGCGUUGCCCACUGUGCCACCAUGUCGCCCACCCCUAAACAUAUAUAUAUAUACACAAAUAAAAUAAAUGUCAAUGUAGUUGUAAGUCUUCUUUAUAUUGUGUUUUAUAAAACACUUCUGCAACUUUAAAAACAGUAUAAACUUAUCCCAGUGUCAUUACUCAGGGGGAAACAGUAAGCAGUGACAUAAGAACAAAUAAACUACUGAGGAGUUAAUGAAUGAACACAGUCUGUAUUAUAAUGAUGAUGGAUUUACAGGCUCUUGUGAUGAUUAUCAAUAGUGCACAUGAUUAUUUUACUAAAUGUCUGCUAUUGAGAGUAUAAAGACAACAGAAAUAUACACAAAUAAAGAUAGACUAUAAUUUCUAAUGAUGCCUCUCUUAUCUGUACAAUCAAUGGAUGAUUUAAUUAGAAGAAACACUUUAAUUAUGGAGAAACUUUGCUAAUUACCUAAUGAAACUACAGAAGAACACUGCCCAGUGCCUAAACAUGUUAUUAAUAAACUAAAGAUCACACAGAUGAAGUUCUAUGUCUUCUUACCAUAAUGUGUUGUUUUUCUACUCUCCUGAGCCGUUUCUUCACAGUAUAACACACACACUCUGAUUAAAGAGCAGUGAAUGAAUCUCUUAUUUAUGUAGAUGUUUUUCUUCUCAUGACAUUAAAUAACAGGUGUCUGUUUAUAAAUGCACAGAUCUGACGUUAUAAUGAAA